AUGCCCAUCAAUCGCACAUCUCGCUUUGGCGAGAUUGGUAGUGGUGCCUCACAACUCACCAGCGAAGACUUUCCUUCUCUCGGACUGGCAAAACCUUCCACAUCGAGGCCUUGGGGUCCAAAUAUAUGGGGGCCCGGAAAUAUUGGUUUGAGCUCGACCACAAAUCAGCGGAACGAUGCGAGACCACGAGAAGACGGAUUCUAUGCUCCCUACAAACCGUCGAACGAGAACGAAGAGAAAAAGGGCUCUGGGUCUUUGCUUGAAUCUUCCGAAUCUGACGCCUGGGGCAUGUCAAGAGUAUGGGGUCCUAAAGAGUCAAAAAAUCCAAAUCUCCCUCACGGCCGCAGCGCAGGUAUCUCGCCCUCUCGCCCGCUCACAACGCAUGCGUCGCAAGCGUCGCAGUCUUACGUGGACAUAUCCCAGACAGCAGGAUCCCAGAUGUUCUCUUCUGCGCGUCAAAACUCCAAUAACCUUUCAUCCAGCAACGCGGUACAAGCUCAGCUCAACCCUACAUCGAGUGCAUUUCCCUUUGGCCGUCAGACCGACUCUAGUCAGAAUGGCCACAGAUCCUACCCCCGUUAUACUGAACAAGACGGUCACAAUCAAAGAGCUGUAGAUUCAUCGAGCGGACCCUGGGCCGAAGGUCCGACAAUGCAUUCUCCCACGGAAGAGAGAAGAAAUGUAGCAAACGUGGACUAUCAUCCCACGCAUAGCAACGCUCCGUCACGGAGUGGUAGCCUGCCACCAUCUCGUCAUGGGAAUGGUGCAGAUACUAUGCAUUUCAUGAGACAUUCCGAGACGUACCCCUUACCACAGCAGCAACCGCUACCACCAUCAUCUCGUGCCCAGCAUGCUACCUUUCCGCAGUCCAAGCAAACGGAUAAGCGCAGUGGAUCAAUCCAGAGUGAAGCUGCUUUGAUCAAUCUCAGACAUAUUAGUAUUGACGAUGACGGGUCGGAAUCUACAUUGGGACUGUCAGGCCAUCGCGCCUCAGUGAGCGUCAGUGGCAUUUCAACAGCUUAUGACAAGUCCAAUACUCGUGAUCCUGGAAGCAUCUACAACCACGGGUACAUCUUCGACACUUCGGAACGUGACCCUAGAGGCAACGAACACCAUACUGCGACUCGUUCUGAUUCACUGUCUAUGAAUGGCAACGGAACUAUGACUCCAGAAGGAUUCCCAAACGGCCAGCACAAUGACCCCUCAACGCAGCUGCGCAACUGGAAUUUGAACAAUGGUCGCGGAGCUAAUACCCCUGGUAAUAGUGGUAUAGGAGAUUUCCGUCCCAGUCCAUAUGGCUCUACGCCUCACUACUCUACUGGCGCGACUCCACCAGCGUUCGAUCACUUGUAUCCCUCUAGAGGGGAGCCAGCGAGCAGACUGCCCGGAAGACAUUCAAAUAGUUUCAAUACAUCGAUGUUGGAUCAAAGGCUCCGCAACAUCCAGCAACAACAGGAUCCACGGUUCACACCCGGAAACUACAGCCAACCCAUGCUUGGACACGCUGCUCAGUACCGUACACAGUAUUCAUAUCCUUAUCAGGUACCACCCACUAUGAUGGUACCACCGAAUAUGCAGAUUGCCGGUAUGAUACCAGGCAUGGAGCCUCCCCGAGGUCCUCGAGAGCUACCGGCGGAUAGUGGUCGAAGUAAGAUACUGGAAGAGUUCCGAAUGAAUAACAAGUCCAAUCGGCGUUUCGAGCUGAAAGAUAUUUUCUCUCACAUUGUUGAGUUUAGCGGAGACCAACACGGCUCUCGAUUCAUUCAGCAAAAGCUUGAAUCAGCGAAUAGCGAUGAGAAGGAACGAGUGUUCAAGGAACUCCUCGGAAAUUCUUUGCAAUUGAUGCAAGACGUUUUCGGAAACUACGUCAUCCAGAAAUUCUUCGAGCACGGAGAUCAGACCCAGAAAAAGCAACUAGCUAACAAGAUGAAAGGCCAUAUGAUGACACUCUCUACGCAGAUGUAUGGCUGUCGUGUUGUUCAAAAGGCUCUAGAGCAUAUCUUGACUGAUCAACAAGCGUCUCUAAUCAAAGAGCUCGAAGGCAAUGUCAUCAAGUGUGUCAAGGACCAAAACGGUAAUCAUGUCAUUCAGAAAGCCAUUGAACGGAUCCCGACUGAGCAUAUACAAUUCAUCAUCAAUAGUUUCACCAACCUCGUCGGAACAUUAGCCAUACACCCUUACGGCUGUCGUGUUAUACAGCGCAUGCUGGAACAUUGCGAGGAGCCUGCCAAGUCAUCGAUCCUCCAAGAGCUUCAUGCACAGGGUACAAUCCUGAUGUCUGACCAAUAUGGCAAUUACGUGACGCAGCAUAUCAUUGAACAUGGUGGGGAUCAAGACAAAGAAAGGGUUCUGAACAUGAUCAAUGCUCAGCUCAUCAUGUAUUCCAAACACAAGUUUGCGAGCAAUGUGGUCGAGAAGGCGCUAGUCCAUGGGACGGACCAACACCGCCGUGCUAUCAUGGAGAAGCUCUCUGAGAGGAAUGAGCGUGGUGAAAGCCAACUACCUGGACUGAUCAAGGACCCAUACGGCAACUACGUGAUACAGAAAGUUCUCGGUACUUUGAACCUUAAAGACUACGCAGACUUCCUUGUUAUCUUGACACCUGAAAUGGAUAGAGCCAAGAAGGUUAUGGCUGGGAAACACGUGCAAGCUGUUGAGAAAAUGAUGCACAGACUGGACGACAGGUCCCAAAGCCCAUCAGCCACCACCCCUCCGCCCCUCGUGGUUGACCCACAAAGCCCGAUGAGCAAUUCUGUACCAAGCACAAGCAACAACAGCACUGCAGGUGACAACCAUGAUACUGUACAAAACUCAGCACCAAAACCAUUUAAAUCUUCUCCGAAGGUGGACUUCCGCAAUGGAGCUUAA